GCCAUCUCGGGAGUUUCCGCCCUCGCUUCGGCUCUGUCCGCGCCGCGAUGGGGAAAGGGGAGGGCGGGCGCUCGGGAAGCCUCGGGGCCGCGCCGCUCCUUCCGGGACGGCGGGAGGCGGUGCCGCUCACCUGGUGCCGCGGCCCCGCCGCGCGGGAGGGUGUUUGUGUUUCUCCGAGCCCGUCUCCCCGCCCCCGUCCCUCCCGCCCGCCCCGCCGGGACCUCGCCUCCGCGGGCAGCGGCAGAGCCGCCUCGGGGCGGGCGGCGGUGGCAUAGGUGCUGCUGGGCGCCCUCGCCGCCUACCCCGCCGGGAACAUGGCGACGGGGGGCUACCGCAGCGCCGCGGGCAGCACCACGGACUUUCUGGAGGAGUGGAAAGCCAAGCGGGAGAAGAUGCGGGCCAAGCAGGCGCCGCUGGUCCCGGCGGCAGCGGCCGGGGGCGAGGCCAAGCCGCUCGGGGGCACGUCCUCCGCCGAGCUCAACAACAACCUGCACCCGGGCGGCCCGGCCGCCCCGCCCGAGCGGCCGGCGCCCCCCGCCGGCGGGGCCGUCCACUGUGUCAGCCUCGCCAGCGCCGCCCUGAGCCGCGCCGCCCCCGCCAAGGAGCCGCUGCCGGCCCUGGCCGGGGGCCGGGGGGCAGAGCCCGCCGCCAAGCCCCCCGCCGCCGCCGCCGCCGCGGGCUCCCCGGAGGGCGAGGAGAAGCUGGCCGCCAAGGGCAAGAGCGCCGGCCCCAGCGCCAGGAAGGGGAAAGGGCAGAUCGAGAAGAGGAAGCUGCGGGAGAAGCGGAGGUCCACAGGUGUGGUGAACAUCCCGGCCGCCGAGAGCCUAGAUGAAUAUGAAGAUGAUGAAGCAGGACAGAAGGAACGAAAGAGGGAGGAUGCUAUCACCCAACAGAAUACAAUACAAAAUGAGAGUUCCAGUGCAGAUGCAGCUGGCUCGUACUUGCUACAGGACUCCUCCAGGAUGGCUUCAAGCAGAUUUAAAAGCACACCUAAUGUACCAGAAGAUGAUGUUGCAAACAGAUAUUCCCGAACAGAGAGGACAACAUAUAGCAGAUACAGCAGGGACGCAAAUUCUUCUGGGAAUUCUGUACCAAGUAAUGCUUUGGAAAAGAGGAUUGAGGAACUCGAAAGAGAACUUGCAAAGGAGAGACAGGAAAAUGUGAGAUUAAUGAAGAUUACACAGGACAAAGAGGAGCUGAUUGUGAAGCUGAAGGAAGAAAUUGAUUUAUUAAACAGAGACCUAGAUGAUAUAGAAGAUGAAAACGAACAAUUGAAGCAAGAAAAUAAAACCCUGUUAAAAGUUGUUGGACAGCUGACAAGGUAGAAGAUUCAAGCCUCAAUGAGGAAAGAUUUUUUAAAACUACUGAUUGAACGUUAAGGUCAAUAUAGUAAUACUUCCUAUGUUGCAGUAUGUUAAAAUAACUGUCUUUAUAUUUAUUAUUAGGAAACCAGAUGGAUGUUUAUUUUCAUAAUACUUUCUUCUUCAUUCAAUGAAAUGGCAUCAAUUUGGGGGUAUAUUUUAAACUUUCUUUUCAAAGGAGAAUAACAAUUUUGACAUAUUUCAAAAUACUAAAUUCAAAAUUAUUUGGGUUUUGUAUCUUCAGAUUACAUCUGGAUAAAUUACAUUAGUUUAAAAUUCAUAGCACCAAGAUCACUUUCAGUCUAUGUGGGUGUAUAUUUUUUGAAUGAAUGGAAGCAAUAGAUAUAAGCUUUGUUUACACAGAUCCAAAAUAUAUAUUUUGGGAACUAUUUCUUUUUUUGUUUAAGCAGCUGUAAAGUGGAUGCCUUAUUACUGAUGUAUAACAUUUUGCAGAUUGAUUACUUGCUCUAAAAACUCUUGUAUGUUGAGGUUUUUUUACCAUAUCUGAAAGACUGAUAAUAGUAGAAAGUAGCUUUUUUUCUGUAUAACAGUAUUCUGGCAGGAGGGGGAGGUUUUAUUUAAAAAAAGAAAACCAAUAUAUCACCUGCAGUAUCAGCAUUAAUGAGUUCUUAGAAUCAUAUUGAAGUUGUGCACUGUAGUUUAUCUUAAAGCUUUUGCUUUGGCAAUGAAAUGCAAGUUUUCUAUCAAACAAUAAGUUUUUUUUGGUGUGUUGAGAAUACAAAGCCUGGAGCUUUCAUUUUUGCAAAGACACUUUUGCAAUACACUUUUAUUUAAAUCUGUCUUCUUAAAAUUUGUAGUGAUCAUAAUCAAUGUGAGUUUUUUAUGUUUUCAUUUUUUAAGCUGGGUCAAAAUUUGUGUAUAUAACAAGAGAGGAGUACAAGUGAUUCAUGCCCUUUUGGAAUAGCAAAUGGUUUUAAAAAAACCUUUUAUCCAUGAUUUUAAACUAACAGGGUGUUUUAAAAGUGCCUGUUUUAGAUGUUACAAACCACUUACGUUGAUACACUGAUUCUAUUAUAGUAUGAUAGUACACAAAAUUUUCUUUAUACAUAAACCAUGGACUUCAGUGAAUAAUUCUCUCCUUAAAAUUCUUGUUAGGCUGAGAUAUGAUGUACUUUAUUUCAUGUUAAUACAGCACACAUUUCAUCCCUAAUCUGAAUAAAAUACCGAAGUCAUUUGAGUCAGGAGACCAGAAGUGAAAUCAUUUUGUAGGCUUUUUUCUUGAUGAUUUUGAAGCUCAGUGUUGGAAAAUGGCAUGUGUUUAGUUUUCGUUACCUUAAAACUUAAGGGCAACUUAAAUAUAUAGUGAUGAUGGUCAUCUAAGAUUUGCCAGUUGCUUCCAUAGUUUCUAUUUAAUGAGUAUAAGAAAUUCUUAAACCUCAAAUCCAGGAAUUAAUAGUACACAUUGGAUAUUUUUGAAUAUAGGCUAGGUUAUUCUAGAUUCGUAUAUUCUAAUAAGGAGGAGACUUUACAAGACGCUUGUGUUCCAGGAACCCUUGAGGUUUUCUUUCACAGUGGAAGAGAUCCUAUAGGAGAUCAUUUAGAACCUUAAUACAGUGAUUUAAAUGGUGUAAAGAUUUUGCAUAGGCCUUCUAAACUAUGGUAUUCACCACUGAAUAUGGCUUUCAGUAUUAGUCAAGCAGUAACAACUCCCUUAAUUUAUCACUUUCAUAAAAUCAGAAAUUUAAAGUCAUAAAAAAUAAAUUUCAUUGAGAUUAUACAUUCUUAGUAAAUAUGAAACUUUCAUUGGAAAAUUGUGAUUUUCUUCUAUGUGUACUAGAUAGGAAAUGUACUUACAGAUUUAAGGCAUGAGGAGUGAAACAUUGGAGUAUCAUCAAGGAAAUGAGACAUUAAAACAUCUACAGACAGAUAUUAAUGCAGAACAGAUAUUAAUACAGAACUGUACAUGAGAUGUGUUAUAAACUGUAUUUCAUAUACAUUUUAACCCAAAGGACAAUGAAACAAAGAAAAUAAACAUGAAUUACUUGUCAUCAUGUUUCCUCUUCUUGGUUUGCAUGCAUAUUGACUAAAGCUUAGCAGCAGAAAUUCCAAAAUUAGAAUUCCCUUUUUAACCUAGACGUCUAGAUGAUGGGAAUAUUUAUCUCAUGGCAGAAGCACUUAUGAUACCCUACCAUGAAGAGGUAAGGUCAAAGGAAGUUUCCAAAUAUUUGAAAAGAGUAAUGCUUCAGCUAAAAUAUGUGAACAAAGGGACUGUGAGAACUCACAGAGAAAGUACCUCAGGACAUUAAUGUUGUUCUGUAUUACUAUACAGAUAUAAAAAAAAACUCUUAAAAAAACCUCUUCAUGAGCUUAAAAAUUCCCACAGAUGGGAUCUUGAAAUACAAUACUUCUGCUGACAUUGCUUAAGAUUUAGAGAGUUUCGGGGAAAGAAGUAUUUCAAUAAUAAAAAAUUAAUUGUAACUUAUCAGCUCUAGGGGAGAAAUUUAGUAGUUUCUAGGGAAAAAAAUACAUAUGUAGACUAUUAAUAAUCAUCUAGUCAUUACUUGCCAUUAUGUUUUUAUUUCAUUAGAGUAUCCUUAUAGUCAAGCUCAAGCAUAGAGUAAGGUUUUUUUCUUAGGUGAUUUGAAGGGGUUUAAUUACCCUGCCAGCAAUUUGCUAACCCAUGUCCACUUGCUCUUUAGUUCAACACCUUGAUUGUUCUUAAUUGAGUAAUUUUAAAGCAGAGACACUACUUAGGCAAGUGGGAACCCACCUUACUGGGGAAGGCUAUAUAUUUCCUUAAUGAAUCUGGGUAUUUCCAUAACUAGGCUAAAUUAAUUUGCUAGCACUUUUUUGGAUUGCUAUGCAAUAUUAACUGUAUGGGUAAAUCUCUUGAAAAUUUCUGAACUUACAAUUUGGACCAAACUGCACAGGAUCUAGCAUCUGUGUUUCUUGGAAACCUGGGUCAUCUAGGAAGUUUAAACAGAAAAGUAUCUCGAUUGGCCAAACUAAUAUGACAGAAAUUUUUUUCAAGAUGCUUUAAUAAUGAAUGAUAUGUGUAAUACCUGUUUUGAUCAUAAAAAUGAUGGUCACAUAUUGUUGUAUAGAAAACAGAUGCUGUGUCCAGAGCUGAAGAUUAAAAUAGUGCAGAAAUACUUUUACCAUGGAUAAUAUGCAUUAAUUUUUGUGGGAUUUAUUCCCUAAAAUAGAAUAUUAACCGUAUAUAAAUUUUGAUGAUUUUUACAAGGAAAUCCAAAAUUGCCCUUUUCCCAUUUUUAAAUAAUUAGAUUGCUAUGAUUAAGCUUGAUGUUACUUGAUGUGUGUAUUAACCAGAAAAGUGCAGUCUAUAUUUUGUAUCUUAAAAGAAAAAUCUUUGUUAAUUACCAAAUUUCUAUUGAUACAUUCAGAGAUUAUUUCUUCUUUAGAUUGGCUCUGAAUUUGAGGGGUAGAGUGGGAAAAGAGAAUAACAAAAAAUAAAUCAAGGACUCCAAAGUAGGAAGCAUAAUCUAGUCAAGUUUUUUAUUCAGAUGUACUGAGAGUUAGCUGUAGAAAGAUUUGUGAUUGGCAUAAGCAAUAAAAAAGAUGUAGGGGUUUUAGUUCAUUUGAAAAAAAUGAUCAAUCAACAGAAACCAUCAUUACCACUUGGCAAUCAUUACCACUUGGAAACUUCCUACUAUAAGAGAGACCAGUGGAGAUACUGAAGAUCAAAUUAUUUUUAAAACUUUGCUAUGAGGGCAGAGGUACACUCAGUUCAGCCAUGGUUAUUUCCAGCUUAAUUGAAAUAAAUCAAUAUUAGUCGCCAAGUGGAAAGGUGAUUAUUGGUAAACAAACACAUGAAUUAUAACUGUAGAUACUAUGAACGCAUUACUGAGCAUCAGUAUUUCUUGAGUUCAGAGACUCCUUUAUGAAGAUGUCAGUUGAGUCAGUCCAUUCUCAUCAGUAUUAAUAAUCAUAAAUACCUGGUAUUUUUAAUACAAAACAUAACCAUUGUAGUAGGAGAAAUUAGCAUUACAAGCCAUAACUUAAAAAAUAAAAAACAAUAAAAGAAAUUUGUGCUGGUAUCAGUAUCUGCUGAGACUAAGGAGCUAAAAGAAAUGAAGAUAAAAGAAAAUACUCUAAGGUUAAAAUACCUUCUGUAGUAUUUUUAAAAGUUUAGCUAAAAAUGAAACAUGAGUUCUGGAUCUUAUCAUUUAAUUUAGUUUGGAAGUUAUCUGCUGAAAGUUCGCUACAGAUCUGUUUGAGUCAGUCGUUCUGGUGUCAAUACCUGCAUAAGGAGCAUUUCUGCUUCUGUUACUAGGCUUUUAUUUAGAACUACUUAAAUAUAUUCAAGACAUAAAGGACUUUGAUAUGUAUUGGAUGUAGAAGUCAUGAUGUUCAAGUAUGUUAACUUACUGUAGUUAAUCUCUGUCUACCAUUUCUCCUUGUACUGCCACAGAUGUACAUUACCUUGUUAAUUUAACCUUUUUGCUUUUAUUUCUAGAUUUCUGAUGUACUGUUCUUGUCCAGGGAUAUGGCUAGUUGUGAUUUUUCUGUUCUGAAAAGUUGAGAUAGUUGAGUUUUCCUCUCAAAAUAAUUUCGUAAUCGUAAUGCAGAGUCAUUUUUUAAAAAUAUCCAUUUUACGCAUUUAAAAAGUUGAAGCAUCAUUAAACUGUAAGUAACUAAAUAUCCAUUUUAGUUUUGAACAUUGACUACUUGUGAUAUUAUUUGUGAUAAUAUCAGUUUAAAAUAAGAUGUUGAGAUAUUUACUAUUGCAGGUAAAAAAUAUGCCUUUAACCUAACAAUAAAAACUGUGUGCCUUUGUCCAAAUAAAACAAAGUUCUUUUUAA